GGCCCUGCACUCUGAGUGUGACUUGGAGCAGCAGCCAUGUCGGGCUCCUACGAUGACUCCAUGAUGGAUGUCUCCAGUGACAGCUUCUGGGAGGUUGGUAACUACAAGCGCUCAGUGAAACGGGUAGACGAUGGAAGCCGGCUCUGUAAUGAUCUGAUGACCUGUAUUCAUGAGCGAGCACGUAUUGAGAAGUCCUACUCACAGCAGCUCUCAGAAUGGGGAAAGCGCUGGCGCCAACUCAUAGACAAAGGCCCUCAGUAUGGUACGCUGGAGCGGGCGUGGUCUGCUCUGUGCACGGAGGCGGAGAAGGUGAGCGAGCUCCACAUGGACGUGAAGUCAGCGCUGAUGGGAGAAGACUACGAGAAGCUGAAGAACUGGCAGAGAGACUCGUACCACAAACAGAUGAUCGGCGGCUUCAAAGAGACUAAAGAGGCGGACGACGGCUUCCGCAAGGCUCAGAAGCCCUGGGGGAAGAAACUCAAAGAGAUGGAAACGAUGAAGAAGUCAUACCACUCUGCCUGUAAAGAAGAGAAGCUAGCAGCCAGCAGGGAGACAAACAGCAAACUGGAGAGCAACAACAACCCCGAAUCCCAAAAGAAGCUCCAGGAAAAGGUGGAGAAGUGUCAGCAGGAGGUGGAGAAGACUAAAGAACGCUAUGAGAAAUCCCUGGAAGAACUGGACAAGCUGACCCCUCAGUACAUGGAGAACAUGGAGCAGGUGUUUGAGCAGUGGCAGCAGUUUGAAGACAAACGGAUUCGCUUCUUCGGGGAGCAGUUGCUGGAGGUUAAACAGCACCUCGAUCUCUCAACCAAUCACAGAUUCCAGACAAUCUACCACACGCUGGAAGACACGAUUACUGCUACUGACGUUGAAGAGGACCUGAAAUGGUUCCGGUCCAAUCACGGCCCCGGCAUGCCAAUGAACUGGCCCCAGUUUGAGGACUGGUCCAUAGAUCUAAACAGGACCCUCAGUAGACGGGAAAAGAAGAAGCCAUCAGAGGGUGUCACACUGACCGGCAUCAGUCAAACUGGAUCUGACCAGCCGGUUCAGCCUGCUAAAACCAGCAGCAGCCUGACUGUACCCAGUAGCACAGCACCAGUGGGUUCAAACCCCUUUGAUGAAGAUGACGGAGAGGAGGAGGAUAAGGAGGAGGAGGAGGAGGAGGAGGAGGAGGAGGAGAUGGCCGUGGAGCAGCAGCAGACCAUAGUCAACCACAACAGUGUGAAAAAAGAGGAAAUAAAAACCGCGAGCAGUAUGGAGAAGAAUCAGGACUGGUCAGAUGAAGACACAGGUGGUAACCCUUUCUCUGCCAACGGUGACGGCAAUCCGUUCGAAGACGAGCCGGCUUCUCCUGUCGUCUCUGUCCCCGUCAAAGCUCUCUACGACUAUGAAGGACAGGAGCAGGACGAGCUGACCUUCAAAGCAGGGGACGAGUUCACCAAAAUCGGUGAAGAAGAUGAUCAGGGUUGGUGCAGAGGUCGGCUCAAGGAAGGAAAAACAGGCCUCUAUCCUGCUAACUAUGUGGAAGACACCCAGUAAUGAUUUAUUACAAAUCAAUAAAUGUGAAUACAAAGUAAGUGGUGUGUUGCGAGAUGAGUGCGGCUGGAAACGAGGAGGCUCUGCAUUAUUUGGACCCUUUUCUAAGUGUUGGCGAAGACUGGACCGGUGUUGGAGAAGGAAGGUGGAGAAGUUGCAGAUUAUGAAAGGACCAUUUGAAAAGUUAUUGCUCGCCACAGAUUGACAGUUAAAAGAUGGAAAUGUACCACAAGUUUCCAGAUGAUUCCAAGCUAAGAAGACCGCAGAGAAAAAAUGCUGUGUAAAUUAUGUUACAUUACUUAGAAUCCCAUUUAUGCUGUUACAAAAAUAAUAGCCUUUCAAGUAUAUAUUAGAAGAGAUUAAAUGUAUGUGUGGAUUUAUAUAUUGUUUAAAGGAAACACUGGGAGGACACAUCAUCUUGCAAUGUUACAUGGAAGCCAUUGAGGAAGAUUACCCUUUUUAUAACCAUGAAGAUCUAUUUAGGUUUAAAACCAUGUUUGCCUUUUAGAAGCCAGUCCAUUAAUGUUAAGAUUUUCUCUUUUUGGACAAAGAAAGCUCUUAUGUUGAGAUUAUUAUGUGAGAUUUAACCUGAUUUUAAAUGAGUGCUUACCUGUCCUGCCAUUCCUUUCAGGGUUGUCUUUCCACUCAGUUCAUCAACUGUUCUGGUUGUUUUAUAAGGAAUGAUACAAAUCAGUGGAGCGUUUUCCUGAUAUUCUUUAUUUAGUUCACAAUGGGUCGGUUCCUCUCGUCACUGCAAUUGAAUGUAUAUUCACUGAUUGUAUUUCCUCACUUAUUUUUGCUGAUUACUUGUUUUUCCCAGCACUGACCCCCCCUGAACAAACUGUCCUCAAACCUUUCACACAAGUCUCUCUCUACUUUCUGUUGAUUGGAGAUUGUAAUACUAUAUGGGUUAUUUUACGCAACACUGAAGGUUUUUCACAAAUGUUUAUCCCUCCUGAAUCUUGUCUCACUUCUUGUAUAACAUCAAGACAUGGGAGAAUAUUUGAGUGUUUUUUUUUUUUAAAUACAUCACAAUUGAUAUAGCAAUAAAACCACAGCCAAGUGUGGCAUUGCAUACAUGCAUGUAAAUAGCCUGGAUGAAAGAUAUUGGAACAAAUUAAGCAGCAAUAUCAGAUGAUUUGUAGUUAGAAAUAGAUGAUUGUUAAUUUAUGAUGCCACAAGUGCUUUUGUUAUACUCUUGUUAGAAUGCUGUGACUGAGAAUCAGUUUGUAUAGUAAUUGAAUGUUUGAUGGCAAACAUCCCUUGGAUCUGUUAUUUUGAUAUAUUUGUACAUAUUAUUAUCCCAUGACAGAUACUCAUUUAAUUAAUCAACGAAUGUGUGAAUACUUGUUCAUCUUUCCUUUGGAUCAAUGAUACGAUUGGACCUGAUUUCUGUAGGCUUGCAUUUCUGCAAAAAAGAACUGCAGGUUUUUCUUUUGAGCAAGCUUCAAAUAAAUGAAAUGCCCAGUGCAUCCAUGAAAUCAAAUUAAACAAAAAGCUAUUCGAUGUCUUUACCUGCUACAUGAGAGGAAAAUUAAUUUGGUUGUCUUUAAUAAUAGUGAGAGAGGAGACCAUGUUUUCAGGGCAUGCUGUCGUCAAAACACAGCAACAGCUGUUCUUGCACAGUAAGGUUUGUAAAUGUUGUCCCACAACAUAAUAAAUGGAUUUAUUGGAUAA